AGCGGCAGCGGCGGCAGGAGGGCCCCCUGGCGACUUGGUGGGGCUGCUUGCGCAUGCGGUGGCACAGCAGGCCCACAGUGCCAAGUCUCAGGACCUGGUCAACACGCUGUGGGCGCUCGCCAUCAUGGAGGGGGCCCUGCAGCGGUACAGGCCGCAGGUGACUCAGCUGGUGGAGGAGGUGAACCGCCGCGGCCCCGGCGGCUGCAAUGUGGACGAGCACCGGCAGCUGUGGCAGGUGGCGGGGGAGCUGGCGGCGCUGCCGCAGCCGUACACCGCCGUACACCCCGACCUGGUGCGCAUGGCUCGGCUGGGCAUGUCGGAGGCGGACCACACCUACUCGCGAGUGCAGGCCAGCUUCCAGUCGCUGCUGGAGGCGAUGCGGGGCUGCGGCCGCUUCCCCGAGCUUCGGGAGCUGCUUUACGAGCAGGAGCUGGUGCCGGGGGGCGAGCAGAUGAGGAAGAUUGACGUACAGGCCAUGAUCGAGCGCCGCACCCCCGACGGCAGCACCGCACUGCACCGAGUGGCAGUGGAGUUCGACGGCCUGUUCCACUUCAUGGUCAACGAGCCGUACACCUCCAAGAUAGACGGCCGUACGGCGCUCCGAAACCGCAUCCUGGCUCGCCACCUGGGUCCCGAGAACGUGGUGUGUGUGAGCAUGGCGGAGUGGGUGGCGGCGUCUCGGGAGCCGGUGGAGAAGGGGAUGCCGGGGCGGUGGCGGUUGAUGGCUCGUAAGUUGGGCUUGCAGUUGUGAGGGUGGUGGCAUGUUGGAUGGGUUGGGUGGGUUGCAUGGGUUGUCUUGGGACGGCU